AUGAAGAAAUGUGUGAAAGACAAAUGCCCAGACAAUUACUUUACUGUUGAAAAAACAUGCAAAGCCUGUGCAAGUGGUUGUAAAACGUGUACUAAAGCCGAUGAUUGCUCUGCUUGUGUAUCUGGGAAAUAUCUUGAAGAAGGACUCAUGAAAUGUGUCGACAAAUGUGAACCCGGAUUCUUCAAAAAGAAUGAAACGAAUUGUGACAAAUGCUCUGAAAAAUGUGCGAAGUGUUCUGUUUUUGAAAUCUGUGAUAAAUGUGUUGAUGGUGCGAUUAUGAACGAAAACAAAUGUGUUGAGAAGUGUCCAAAAGGAUCGUUUGAAUUUGAUGGAAAGUGUGCUAAGUGUAAGGAACCAUCUCAGUAUCAAAAACCAUGCACUGACAUUGAGUGUGAAAUUUGCACUGCGUCUAGUUCUUAUGCGAUAUUGGUGUUGUUUGCACUUGCACUCAUUCUGUUGUUUUAA